AUGGGGGAGUGGGAUCCAAAACAAACCCCAAACCCCAGCAGACAAGGCCGGGCUGGGGUGCACCGGCCUCGGCGCAGAGGGUGUCAGCGGGGCGCAGGAGCCCGGAGGACGCGCCCAGGGGACCCGCGCGCCGGGGCCACCAGCCUGACCCCCAGGCCCGGCCCCACGCCCCCACAGCGACCCUCUUUCUCCGGAGCCCAAGGGUCCCCCACGUUGGCAGCCCCCACCCCGGCCCGCACCUCCACGCCAUCCCCGGGGUCCCCCCACGGCCACCCCCUGCCCACACCACAAGCCCACCCCGGGGUGCCCCAGGCCGCCCCUGCCACAUCCUCGCACCCCGAAGCCCCCAGCCCCGCGGUGCCCCAAGGCACCUCCCCGCCGCGCCCCCCACCCCAUCCCCGCGGUCUCCCCGGCGGCCCCCUGCCCCGCCCCCCACGCCCCCCGACCCCGGCCCUCGUCUCCCCGCCGCCCCGGGACGCGGACGUGCGGCCCCGAGCGUGUGCCCGGCGCCCGCGCGCCUCGAAACCGAAAGCGGAACCCUCCGCUCGAGGCCUCCCGCUGCGGGUGCAGCGGCGGCCUCGGCGCGCGGGGAGCUGGCCCGCGGGGGUACACGGGGGCGCCCUGGCGGGGAGCACGGGGGGCGUCACUGGGGGCGACCCGGGGACAGCCGUGCUCACGCCCCCGCGGUCCCGGGCCGCGCGCAGAGCCUUGUAG